AUGUCUCAUAUGACACCAAAUUUAAGCAAAUUUGCAUGCCGUCUUCUAUCGAUUCCACCUAACUUUGCAACUUCAGAACAGGCUGCAAAAAUGGCACAAAUUUCAUGUGUACCCAGAAAUCCAUCAUAUUCUAACUUUGGGGAAGCAAAGCUUCGAGUCUCCGACUCACAAUCUGAUGAUGGUGAGAAUUAUGGCGACAACAAUAGUGAAGAUGAUAUGAACGCACCAUUUUCAAACUCGCAUAGCGAGGAGACUUUCACCUCUAAUGAUAAAGAUACAGGUUAUCGCCACUAUUUAAAUCACCGGAAGAAAGCAAAUAAAAAGUCGGUUCAUUUUAAUUUAAUUAGCGUAUAUUAG